CCUAUCGCUGGUGAAAGCCCAUCCUGCUCUCGUUUGCUUACCUCCAAUCCUCCUCGUGCGCUUCCUUCGCCCUCCUCGCAGUGUCUCAUUUCCGGGCCAGCAAUGGCGGCAUCAGCGUCAGACCAGCCCUCAGCAACUACGCCAGCGCAGAAUGCAUCCUCCCAAGGAGGCUCGCGGCCGGGCAGUGGCUACGAAGCAAGAGCAGCAAGUCCCGUUGAGAUGAGGACAUUACAAACACCCACAUUGGAACCAUCGUCCACGAACGCGGCUAGGCAACCCCCGGAAUCCACUCCGAAUCCUUCUGCAACAGAGGAGACUGCAUCUCAAUUGCAAGAUGCGCCGCUACCGCACACUUCACAGCCGGUAUCCGAGUCAAUAGCGCCCUCAAGCACCUCAAAACCAUUCCCUCCUACCGAUCUCUCCCGUAGCGAAACCGAAGCAAUUGGCUCUUCGACAGAUACUCCGGGCACAAAUCCGGACCCUUACAGUGGCCCGGUUGUCGUAAUAACACUGCUCCUCACUACUGGCGCGCGGCAUCCGUACAAGAUUGAUGAGAAGUAUCUGAAGAAGCGAAAUGUAAACGUCGAUGCCAUGGACCCUUAUAAUAUCAGCGUAUACACGCUGAAGGAGUUAAUAUGGAGGGACUGGCGGGAGGAAUGGGAGCCACGGCCUACAUCUCCUAGCUCAAUACGACUGAUACACUUCGGCCGGAUGCUGGAUGACAAGUCGCCACUGAAAGAAUGCCGAUUCCAGACCGAAGCCCCAAAUGUCGUACACAUGACAGUCAAGCCCCAAGAGGUCGUCGACGAAGAAGACGCCAAGACCGGAAAAGGCGGGGGGAGAAGAGACGGCGAGGAGGAGGUCCACGCUGGAUGCCGUUGCGUUAUUCUCUAGAUGAGCUUGCAAGCAUCCGAGUCCCGCUCCGCUGAUACAUUUGCAGCAAGAUGCAGCAAGAUGCAGCAAGAUGCAGGCAUUUGCGCCUUCGGAGUCGGCUUCCUUCAGACCAUCGCGACGCUUCAAAAGAGACUCGGGGAUAAUCAGUACCAUGGGACUGCUCGGAAUAUCGACAUGAUUGCGGGAAGGAUAGCAGAGACACGACUCCAACUGAUCAAGCAAGCACCG